AAUAGCAUUAGAAAACUAAAGUUUUCUAAUUUUUAGUAAUUCAAUAAACUCUUACAGAGCAUCUCGCUUUUCAAAGAAAAUUAUUAUUGCGAUUAAUAUCAUGAUCGGAUUAGCAAUCAUCUGUUUUUUUUCGUUAGUCAAUGGCUUCGAAACUGUGUCCAAGGGAAUGGAUUUAGUGAAAUUAAAGAACUCUCUCUUAGAAUCGGAGAAAUAUGUAAAAAAUCACGUUGGGUAUGAAGAUUCGGCUAUUUUCAUUAGUAACUCAGGCGCCGGAAGUAGUGAAUUAAUUAAUUACAUAAUCGGCAACAAAUUGAAGGUUGUAAAAGUUCCACCAUUUAACAAAAUGACAAUUACAAAAGCAGAUCUCCAAUCUGCAGGACCGGAAAUUAAUAAUGAAUCAUUCUUAAAAAUUGCAAAUCCGAAAAAAUGGACUUCGAAAGAAUUGACCAAUUUGAUACUCUGGGAUGUUCCUGAAUUUGACGAUGAUGUAGAAGAAGUGAAAGAUAUCAUUAAUGCCUUUUCUUUAUGUCAACUGGUGAAAAAUGUUAAGUCUCUAAAAAUUAUUUUAGUACUUGACAUUAACAACAUUGUAGAAGAUGAUACACAACAAUUCCGGUCACUUUUAACUUCUUUGGAAAAACUUUUUGGAAAUGAAUUCAAGCAAUAUUUUUCAAGUAUAUCAGUAAUUUUUACAAAAGUACCCACCAUGGUUUCUUAUGAAUACAUAAACUAUUAUUUAAACAACUUAUUGCAAGAUGAAAUACAAUGGUCGGAGUUUUUAAAAGAAUUUAUACACUACCUAGUAAAUAACAACAAUCGUAUUGCCCUCUUUAAGGAACCAUCUCGUGAAGGUAUUUUGAUAAAUACCGAUAUCGAUGUUAAUAUUUUCCCGGUUAUUGAAAACUCGAAAAGUAUUCAAAAAAGCUCUCUCCAAGAUGUACAUCCACCUAUUUCAGAUCAUUCAAACCUUCGGCUGCACGACGCUCAAAACGAGUUGUUUCCACAGACAACAUUUGAUGAUAUAAACAGUAUUUUGCAAAAAAAACUACAGAAAAUAUCAACUAACUUACAGACUAUAACUACUUCUGCUGAAAGAACUGAAACUAAAAAAUCCUUAGAGUAUUUGAUUAUAAUUCAAAGAAGGAUCCUUCAAUGCUCGGAUUAUAAAGGUCAUAUAUACAAAAAGACAAAUAUUCUCGUAUCAAUUGGUGAUGAUAUCAGAAAUAUAAUUGAAAAGCAGAGUUUGUUGGAAAAACUGGAACUAAUAAUGUUUAUAGAAAAAUUAUUGAAUAUAGAAAUAAGUAAAACGUUAGAAAACAGUCUUGAUGUUAUUAUAUUUUCUUUUGAAUUAGAACUAAAUAGAACGAUUAACAUUCUUAAUACAAGAUUAAGUGCAUUUCCCGAAAAAAAGAAAAAUUCAAACACAAAUUCCUUUGAUGACAUUGGUAAUUUUAUAAUAAAAAUAUUCACAAAUAAUUUGGACCGAUAUAUAUAAAUUAAGACACUAAUAUGUCGCAACAUAUUCUUGAGGUAAUGAAGAUGAGUUAAAAUAACCAGAAAAUAUUUUGUCAGUGCGAGUAAAAAAUUAUUUCCAUCAAUGUAAAGACGAAGUCUAAUUUUCAAUUAGAAAAAAUUGAGAUGAAUUAAAAUCAAGGAAUUAUUUUUGUCAGUGUGAGUGAAAAAUUAUUUCAAGCAAUGUAGAGACAAUGUCUAAUGUUUAUAAAUUGAAAAAUAAAAGUGUGAAUAUUUAAAAA